UUCGAAGGGAGUUUUAAGCUCAUAAACGCCAGGCCGCCGGUAGUGCGCCGCGGGACAGUGUUGCGUACCUCUCGGGUCUUCCUCUUGCGGCUCUGGCCUCGGUACACAUGAGUCCGUCGCGGUCGCUCGCGCGACUCGGAGCGCCCGGCCCGCUCUCUCGAAUCCGCGGACUCCCGAUCGAGGGAGGAUCGCACGACUCCGGGCCGCCUCGUUGAAAAUCGCGCUCGGUAGUGCGGUGCUCACCAGCGCUGCUCGACGAUCCCGCUGGUAGUGCGCGAUGUACGUGUCGCCGAUCGCAGCGUUCGACGGAAGGGUCGCUCAUCCGAGGAUACGCCGAUGUUGAUAACAAUGUCCGAGUUUAAAUUUUCGGCAAAAAAUGAGAUCUAUAAGGACGGCGCUGUGGAGCUGUUGCAAAAUUUCGACGAGAGCGAGGGCACUCUCAACUCGUCCGACGUCGACAGCCUGAGCGGGCAGCAGCCGCUCCUGGAUUGCGACAUCUGCGGCGAGCGCUUCACCUCGAAGAAACCGCUGCGCGUUCACAUCAACACCCACCUGAGGAAGCUGCGCAUCGUCCUCAGGCGAGUGGCCAGCCCGAAGGUGGUCAAGGUGAGGAGGGACACGUACUGGCUCGACCCCGAGAGGACCGGCUCGCUGAAGCUGACCCUGAAGAAGCAGUGCGCACCCGACUCCCUCAAGCUCACCCUGAAGAAGUCCUCGCAGUCGGAAGAUUUCACCGUAGUGAACAAUAAUUUUUAUCCAGUUGUCAAGUAUUAUCAGCAGGGAGACGUGGCAGGUGCCAAGGAAAAUGAUCCGCGAGGCGACAAGGCAGCGGAGAACACGAUCAACGAACCCUUUGAGAACGUGAUGGUGGAUCAACAAGAUGAUUACGACAGCGUCAAGUUGGACACCGACCAUCACAAUCCUCUGGAAGAGAAUGAGAGGCCAAGCGCAGAUAUCAACGAGAGUGACUCUGAUGUAGGGAGUGAUAUGGCAAAUCCGUCUGAGAAGGAUGAUCAGAAUGCCGAAGAUACACAAAGCACCGACAACUUUGACGCUUCUGAGAAGAGGCUCUCCGAAUCUGAGGAUCACGAGGAAACGGACGCCUUGGAGGCGACCUGCAGGGAAACUAUUGAGAACUUGAAGAAACUCGGUGAACAGUCGAGCUCCAGGUCAGCUGGUCAACUGAUUGACAGCACGUCGGUGGAGGAGGAAGAUGAUAGAAGCCACGAAUCUAGUAUGAUACAUAACCUCGAACAGAAUCCUGCUAUCAGCAUUAAUCCAAAGUCCUUCACAUUUUCCAACCACACGGCCGAACGCGCCCCGGUGUGCGACAAUGAGGAUAAGAAUAGGGAAUCGGCUGACACGUCGCAGACGCAAGGUUUCAAUUGGAAUCAACUGUCCGCCGAUUUGUCAAGCAAGAACAAUGAGGACUUCAACAAGGAAGACAGCGAACAGCAGGGGGACAGCGAUGCAAACAUGGACAGCGCCGGAUCAAUUUUGCAGAGCUUUCUCAUUGAACAUCAGAGGCGCAAUCCGAACGAAGUGUCGUUGUCGAACAGCAUGUCCAACGACACGGCGGAAUACGUGCCCCUUGAGAAACUGGCGGAGACCGUCAAUACGUGUCGCGUCUGUAAUGAGAAAUUCAAGGACAUCGCGCAUCUGGAUGAGCACCGCAGCAAAGCCGGUCACUAUCAGUGUAACAUACCGGAAUGCGUCCACCUCAUCUUCCACUCUACGAUGGAGGUGUCGAUACAUCGAGCGCAAGUGCACGGUACCCCGCUCUCGCCGAGCGUGAGCCAACUGUCGCCUCAUCAUUUGUCGUCGAACGCGAAUACGCCGCAUUUAGGCCAAACCACGCACUCGCCUCACGCUGUUUCCGUCGCGCCCGUCGAGGUGUCGUCGACAAACGGCUCGCAUCAGCUCAGCAGGACCUCGCCCUUAACGUCGCCGCAUCAAACGAAUUCGCCGACGUUUAACGCGGCGGUGGCAGCGGCGGCAACGGUCGGCGCUACUGGCCAGCAAAUGCAAAUACCGCCGGUAAACUUUGAACAACUACCACCACCCGUACAGCAACUGGCCCAGCAAGUGCAGCGUAUGCCUCUUCCACAGACGCAAAUGCCCCCUAGUCUUCCUCCAGGAGCCAACACAAUGAUACCCGCGCCAAAUUAUUUUGUACAACCGCCAGGACGGCCGCCGCUGUACAGAAUACCUGGCCCGCAAGGUAUACAUUAUCAGCCGCACAUGGCGCAUUUGUAUCAAUAUGGGCCGGGUCCAUAUCCUCAACUAGCCGCGCCUCCUCCGCAAAUGCAUCCUCAACUACCCCAACAAGUCCCACGAGGACGAUACCCGGCGUCUGUCGUUCAAAACAGCAGGGCGCCGCGGUUACCACAAACAGCCGGUCCAGUUCCUCGCCAGCGUAUGAAGAGGCCCUUGCAACAAACUGUGCAGCAAAACAACACCUCUGUGAAACAGAGACGUAUGGACGUUCUGUUGCCCGAUAGAAACGAAGAUGCAGACUGCCAUGUCAUAGCUCAACAGAAGAGAAAUGAUGGACUACCUGUUAUUCAAAAUGUUCAAGGGGCUACCACGCAGCAAACUAGUAGAAACGACUCUACGAUACACCUCACAGAUUCAAUCACUCUAAGUGUUCGGCAACCUGGUUCCAUCCCAGCUCAAGUCCAGAACACGUCGAAUCCGGGGGGAAAGAAAUCCGACGCCAAGGCGGUGGCAAAUGUCCUCGCGGCUCGAGGUAUAACCGUUACUCCAGCUGCAAAUAAAAAUAAGACAAGUGAACAAAACAAGCAAAUACCCCCCCAGCAGCUGCAGAGGCUACCACCUUCACAGCCGCCUUUAAAUGUUACAGCGCUCAAUCUGAAUUCUGCUAUUUCUAUCAUACCAACUAGUUCACAAAGAAAGCAGCAGGAACAAGGGCAGUUUGCUGUUCCGCAAAACAAGCAAAACAAAUCGCCAAUCAAUGACCAAGUUGAGCGACCACCGAGACCGCCGACCGUGGAUCUCACGCAGGACACUCCGCCGCAGAUGCCAGUGGUUAGGCGUGGUCGGCCACCCAGAGCGUUGUUAACGUGUCAGGUAUGCGAUAAAAACUUUCAAAAUCAAGACAUGUUAACGCAACAUAUGGCGACUCAUCGAACAACCAGCAAACUACUUCACCGGUGUAACCUCUGUCCAGCUCAAUAUCCUACAGUUCAAGCGUUGACGACGCACAAACAGGCUUACCAUAAGGAAGUCGAUACCGUGGCACAAAACGGAGGCACGGAGUUGGCUUUGCCGGUCGUGGAUUUGAAGUCGCCACAUGUCCUGAACCGUUUGGCGAACUUAGGCAUUCAAAGUUACAUACCGUUGUCGCAGCUAAGUGCUCAAACUGGUGGUUACUUCGGCUUACCGAUCAUCACGAUAGACGGUGCGAGAAACACGAGCACCUGCAAUCUGGGUGCGCUUGGUGCUACCUCUAUAUUAAGUCUUGGUCCUCUUAAGCAUAUAUCGAACGGGUAACUGUGGACAAACUUGCAUUCGGCCUAUUCCACGUGUGCAAUCGCAACCCUUUUUGGUUUUUACAUCCUAUAUUGAAAUUGCUUUACUUGUUGCUGUAUUGCCAAUGACCAUGACAUAUGAGACGUCCUGAUUUCUGAAGAGAAAACCGUGAUAUAGUUUAAGUGAAGUCGUCAUAAACGCGACGUUUUGUAUAUAAAGAAAAUACUGAAAUAUGCUCUUUAUAUAAGAAAUAUAUGCGAGAUUUAUUUGUGAAUUUUUUUUUAUUUCAUUGCAAAUGGAAAAUGGUUGACGACUGACUUAGACGUAAAAUUUGUUAAUUUAUAUUUGUAGACUUAAAGCAAUACAGUAUUCUUCACAUGAAACUUUUCUUAUUAAAAUUAUACUACAUUUUGAUAAAAUAAGAUUUUAAGAUCCAGUUAAUCUAGAGAAUCAACCCUUUUGCUACGGCAGAGCGCUAGCCGAGAAAACGCUAUCGUCAUACGAAAGAACCGUUAGUAUGCUUUGCCGGAGUUCGAGAUUGUUUGCAACAGCACGACCAUAUCUGUAUUUUAAUUUUAUUUCAUUUGUCGUUUUAUUUUAUUUCAUAUUUCGUUUGCUGUAGAAAUAACUAUAGUUUGCAAUAAUCCAAGCAAUAUGUAUCUAAAUAUUAGAUAUAUGUCUAACAUUAUACCAUGUUAGACUACACAUUGAAGAUUGAGAAUUGCAAACUAGAGAUUGGAAUUCGACUAAUCGGAUGAGUAUAGUUUUAAUCUGUUCCAUUUUGAUUGGUUGAAUUCUAAUCUACCAGUACGUAUCUGAGAGGUUUAAGGAUGAAUCCGAAAUGUACUGACAGCGUUGAAAAUCUGUAGGUCUAUACAUGCUAUAAUGCAUUCCGAAGUGUACAACGGUACUGAAAAGCCAUAAUUCACAUCAUGUACAUUCACGUUAUAUAGAUUUUUAAUACAUUUCGGAAUAUACUAAAGAUAUUCUUGGAAUCUUCUUAAGUUAUCUUUUAAAUGACUUACAUAUACUGUUUAAAAGAUAGAUCGAGAUGUCUUUGUGAUAUCUUAAAGAUAUUUUUGACACGCGUAUUGUCUGGGAAUUUAUUUUCACUUUAACGUCUUCGUACGUAUUUUUGUUGUAUUGUUCAUUCGUAUGUAACAGUAGCUCAGUACUCGGUGAAUAUGCACUGUGGCCAUUCGUAGCUAAAGGGUUUUAAUACGAGGAAUGUAAUAUAUCAUUACAGAAGGAAUCUUGAACCAUGAAUUAUUUUGUAUAUUUUUUUUUAAUAAAAUAAUAAAAAUAGAAAAAGUUUCUCAGCUAAACUUAUGUUCUAUGUAUAAAUUAUUUAGCAAAAAGUGCAUACAUUGCUAAAUCUUUGUUAUCGCAUUGCUUUAGCUUUAAGAUAUACCUAAUACGAAGUUUUACAAUUUUCUGUCAUCGAAAAACUGUACUGACAGUAUCGAGUAUAAAAUAUUGGGUUGUACUACAUAAAAUUAUUGAUAUUCGAGCAGUUUAAAGUUGACAAGUGAAUAAAAAUGAAUGAAAAUUGUAACGAAACAUGUUUCAGGUUGCGUUAUUAUAGUUUGCAACGGUAUUGAGCUUUACAAUUUUCUUUGAUCAUUGAAUUCAUUUUUCUUUAAUCUCUCUUAUAGAAUUAGACACAGUAUGAAAGAAUUGCGAAUAUUUUUUUUAAUAUAAAUUUGAAAUUGCAAUAUGAUACAGUUUAGACAGAUAGAAACGUUAAUAAGAUUUUCAGAGUAAACUAUAUUGGUUGAUGUUGAAAAUUAUUCAAUAAUGAUUGAAUAAUGAUUCAAUGAUUCGGUAAAUUUUACUCUGAGAAUAUAAAUCUUGCCAAAAGAUAUAUGAGUCUAGAUAGCUUCAAACCCUACUGCUAAUAUUUGUACGGAAUAAAACUUGCACUUUCUAAAACAUUUUUGUGUUGGCCAGUAAAUACAACAAUUUGUUGUGGUACAACCUAAUACAUGACAAAAUAUUUUACAUGUGCAAUAUAUGCGAUACACUAUGCUGAUGUACCUAAUCAGACAGAAUUAUUUUGCCAGAUAAUAAAAAAAAAUGAUACUUGAAAAGAGUUUAUUGAUAAAAUUAUAUCUAAUAUUGUUAUAUCCAUCUUGAAGGAUUUACUCACUUUGACUGUUCGUGUGCCGGGCAACGGAAUUUUGAGAAAUAAUAAAAUAAAAAAAGAUGACAUUUUUGUGUUAAAACUGUAUUUCUUUAUAAGGAUAAAGAAAUUUUUUAAAUAUUUUAUUAUGUUUCUUAAAAUGUUAUUGUCACAGAUUUUUGCAUUUUGAAUCAAGCGCGUAACUUCCAAAAACUUGGUCGGAAAUGCAAAACUCUAUGUCGUUUAUUAGAAUCUGGCAGAGAUAGAUUUUAACAUCUUAUUUCCAAAAGAAUCGUAAACAUUAGAAAAAAAGAACUGUUAUUUGUAAUGUCAAAAUUUGUCAUCAGUUCGAUCCUUAAUUUUUUAAAAACAUAUUCUCUCGAUUAACGCUCAGGGUGAGUAGGCUCUUUUAAUAAGAAUUACAAUUCUGAAAACAACGCAGCGUUGAUACGUUGAUGAGAAAACUAUCUCAAUUUUUUGCUGGGAGAAGAAAGCUUUUAUUUUGUAUGUGACAAAAUAUCAAAACGCAACUUACUAAGUUGUACAUUUUGUAAAAAGAAGGAUAAAGUGAUUAACAAUGUAUUCCUUUAUACUUAAGAAAUAUUUUAUAAAGAUAUUAUCAUAUACGCAUAAUAUGUAACCUUUAUUUAUUAUCAUUCCUAUUAGUUACAUUGUUAUACGCAAAUAAGUAUUUUCAUUCUUUAUAUUACAUACUUUCUAUCUUACCUUCAUAAUAUAUUGUUAUACUAUUCUUUACGUAUAUAUCAUUCUUUAUAUUAAUUUAUGAAAUAAGAAGCCAUUUAUCUGUCAAAUUUGUAGAAACGAUCUAUCAUCGCAAGCGACUGAUACUGAUAAAAAUAUUGUAUAUGUGUGUAUGAUAAUAAAAAGAAUAAUGUAUA